CCAGCGCCCCACGCGCUCUACUCACUAUAAAAAAGGUUCAAACGCGCCGUUUUUCAACACAGUUGCUUCUCAACUCCAUCUCCUGGACAACAUGGAUUCCAAAUUCGUUCUCGUCGUGCUGAGCGCAGUGGUGGCUGUUGUCCUAGGACAAGUGCCCUACGUCAGGCCGCCAGGCUUCAUCCCCAUCCUGUCACAGCAGUACGACCUCAACCCCGAUGGUUCUUACAUCUUCAACUACCGGACAGGAGACGGCAGCUCGAGGGACGAAACUGGAGCCCUGAAGUUCCCAGGAACUCCUGCUGAAGCCAUGGGAGUGCAAGGCCAAUACUCCUACAACUCGCCCGAAGGCCCAGUGGCGGUCCAGUACAUCGCCGAUGAGCACGGCUACCAGCCCACUGGCCCCAACGUCCACCCCGCCAUCAUCAAGGCAGUGGCCGAGCAAGUGGCCGAGGCCAGGGCGAAGCCCCUGGGAGCCAACUACUAGAGUUACCGGCUAGUAGCCACUUGUACAAACACGCUUCAGUAUUACAUGUAACGCUUAUUCUACAGUUAGUCACGAUGCAUUUAUUUAUGAAUAUUUAUCGUGGACAACUUUUGUACUUCGUAAUUAAGCGUCAUUUUUGUAAAUUCUUUUUUAUAAAUAAACCACUGUGAUCACUAA